AUGUCUGGCGUCGACACCGCCGACUCAGCGGCCUCCAAUCUCGCCGUUAACGAUGCGCUUCCUGCAUUUGUAUCACCAAGGAUGCUUCUCGAGCAAUCACGGCCAACAGUGCCUGUGAAGACUUUCACCGCUCUCGAUCGCGAGCAACUCGACGGCCUGAGGACGAUUCGUGCCUUCCUCAAGGCUAGAACGAGCUAUGAUGUGCUGCCGAUCAGCUAUCGCUUGAUAGUCCUAGAUACAGCGCUGCUGGUGAAGAAAAGCCUUAAUAUCCUGAACCAGAACGGCAUUGUCUCAGCGCCGCUAUGGGACUCAAAGUCGUCCACGUUCGCCGGACUAUUAACGACCUCAGACUAUAUAAACGUCAUUCAAUACUACUGGCAGAACCCAGAUGCUCUGGCUAGGGUAGACCAGUUCCGAUUAAACAGCCUUCGAGAUAUCGAGAAAGCGCUGGGUGUCAAGCCUAUAGAAACGAUAUCGAUCCACCCCAACAAGCCCGUCUACGAAGCAUGCCGCAAGAUGCUCGAAUCACGCGCUCGGCGUAUCCCAAUCGUUGAUAGCGAUGACGAAACACGACGGACAAUGGUGGUCAGCGUCAUAACACAAUAUCGCAUACUUAAAUUCAUUGCUGUGAACGUCAAAGAGACGCAAAAACUGCGGAAGCCGCUCAAAGAGCUGAAUGUGGGCACCUACACGGACAUUGCCACUGCCACGAUGGACACACCGGUAAUGGAUGUCAUACAUAUGCUUGUUAAAAAGAGUAUAUCCAGUGUCCCUAUUGUGGACAAGGCGGGCACUGUACUCAAUGUCUUCGAAGCAGUCGACGUCAUCGCACUGAUCAAGGGCGGCGUGUAUGACGAUCUGAAUCUCACAGUCGGAGAUGCGCUGCUGAAGCGUUCAGAUGAUUUCCCUGGCAUCUUCACUUGCUCGCUGAAUGACAACAUGUCGACAAUAUACGACACUAUUCGCAGAUCGCGAGUCCAUCGCUUCAUUGUCAUCGAUGAAGAAAGCAAACUUCAGGGCGUUGUGACACUCAGCGACGUCUUGGAACAUACGCUAUUGGAGGGCAUGGAGGACGAGUAA